GGGCGGGAGUUCCUCUUCCCUUACCUCUAGGACUUUAACUUCACGCGCGACUGACGUCACUCUCUCGUGGGAGCUGGCGCCGCCGAGAUUAUAUUACCCGGCAUGCCUUGCGCUCUUCCUUUUUCGUCUCGCAAGACAAGAUGCCCAAGGGGAAGAAGGCCAAGGGGAAGAAGGUGGCUCCAGCCCCUGCUGUAGUCAAAAAGCAGGAGGCCAAGAAGGUGGUGAAUCCUCUCUUUGAGAAGAGGCCCAAGAACUUUGGCAUCGGGCAGGACAUCCAGCCUAAACGGGAUUUGACCCGCUUUGUGAAAUGGCCCCGUUAUAUCAGACUUCAGCGCCAGAGAGCCAUCCUUUACAAACGGCUGAAGGUGCCCCCUGCAAUUAACCAGUUCACGCAAGCGUUGGAUCGCCAAACAGCUACUCAGCUCCUGAAGUUGGCCCACAAGUACAGGCCUGAGACCAAGCAAGAGAAGAAGCAGCGGCUGCUUGCUCGGGCGGAGCAGAAGGCUGCAGGAAAGGGAGAUGUCCCUACCAAGAGGCCCCCAGUGCUCAGAGCAGGUGUUAACACCGUCACAACACUGGUGGAGCACAAGAAAGCCCAGCUGGUGGUGAUUGCUCAUGAUGUAGACCCUAUUGAGGUAAGAUGUUUGCUGACUGAGUCCUUUGCCCCAAGGGGUUUAAUCUUUGCUACUUGGUGAGACCAUUUAAGCAGGGAGC